AUGGCCGCUAAAGCAGUUUUGGUACUCUGCGCUCAAGUUCUCUUGGUCCAGAGCAUAUCAUGCUUAUAUGCUCCAUUCGGACCAGCAAACGCUCUUGCUGCACCUUGCGGACCGGUUGCUGAGUUAGCAUCACCCUUCCGACUCCUUAAUGCCGCCUACGGACCAGGCAUGCUGAACUCCCCAUACGCCCCAUUAAACGCCGUAGCAUCUGCUUCAGCUUCCCACGGUGGACCUCUGCCGGUAGCAAGUUCAUCUCCUCUUCCACCAAAUGGUGUCUCAGUGCUGUCCGAAAACAGAAUUGAAGGACCAUUGGCAGUGGCUGGUGAACUACCUUUCUUGGGAACCGUGGCCCUAGAAGGAGCUCUGCCCACUAUGGGAUCUGGAGCCGUCAACUUUGGGGCCGGAAACGGAAAUAUAGCUAUUACCAGAGAGGAUGCCGCUCGUGGUUACGGACGCUACGGAUGCUAA